AUGUCCAAUCGCAUCAUGAUAGUGACUAUUUUACUUAACCAGGGCGAGUUCAGCUCCUUCUGAAUGGAAGUUGGCACUUCUUCCGGCUAAAUUGGGCAGGUUGAGCACCCAGCUGCACAAUGGCUGAUGGGGACUAUGACUAUCUGAUCAAGCUGCUGGCACUGGGGGACUCGGGGGUGGGAAAGACCACCUUCCUCUACAGGUACACCGACAACAAGUUCAACCGCAAGUUCACCAGCACAGUGGGGAUUGACUUCAGGGAAAAGAGGGUGAUGUACACGGGGACGGACGCUGAUGGGACCACCGAGAAAAAUUUCAGAGUCCAUCUACAGCUGUGGGACACAGCAGGACAGGAGAGAUUCAGGAGUCUCACUACAGCUUUCUUCAGAGAUGCCAUGGGCUUUCUGCUGAUGUUUGACUUGACCAAUCAGCAAAGCUUCCUCAACGUCAGGAACUGGAUGAGUCAGCUACAGGCCAAUGCAUAUUGUGACAGCCCAGACAUAAUCUUGGUGGGCACUAAAGCAGACCUCCAGGACCUGAGGGACGUCCACGGCAGACAAGCCAAAGAUCUGGCAGACAGAUAUGGGAUCCCCUACUUUGAGACGAGUGCGGCGACGGGUGUGGAUGUGGACAAGGCGGUGACCACCCUGCUCCACCUGGUGAUGAAGAGGAUGGAGCAGAGCUCGGACGGGGCGCAAAGCUGCGAACCCAACGGCAGCCCCGUCACCAGCCAUGAGGUGGCGACGGAGGCCCCAGUCCAGAGGAGAUGUGCCUGCUGAUAGGCGGACAUGUUUUUCAUUUCUAU